AUGCUUCCAACAAACUUUGGAUUUUUUAAUCCAAAUAUUAUGGCGGCGGCUCAAGCACAAGCGUUGCUUGCCCAAGCUCAAGCACAGGCUCAAUCUAGAGUAUUAUCACAACCAUCGCCUUUAACCGGAAUGCCAUUGAUUCCUUUACCAACAUCCGCCGCUCCCACGCGACCCUCGCCAAUGUUGGUUCCGCCUGGAAUGGCGGCUGAAGACAGUCAAACGUCAUCUCCACAAACUAACGUUGAUUCUGAAUGGACCGAGCAUAAACACACCGAUGGACGUGUUUAUUAUUAUAAUAAAAUCACUAAACAAUCGUCGUGGGUGAAGCCAGAUUCGUUGAAAACGGCGGAAGAAAAGGCUGUCAACCAGUGCGUCUGGAGAGAAUACAAGACCGACGAAGGAAAGCCAUAUUACUACAAUGUAUUAACAAAGCAGACGACGUGGACAAAACCAGAAGGACAGGAAAUAUCAAAGCAUGAGCCAAAGAGUACGACGCCAGUUGUUCAAACAACGAAAUCAGUUGAGAAAACGGAAGAAUCUGAUUUGGACAAAGCGAUGAAAGCUACUUUGGCAUCAAUGGGAGGCGUUCCGUUGCCAGCCGAACCAAAACAAGCGGAACCGACGAACGAUGAAGCUGAAUUAAAGAAACGUCAAGCUGAACGAUUCAGGGAGCUCCUUCGAGACAAAUAUAACGAUGGGAAAAUCACUGCGAAUUGCUCUUGGGAUCACGCUGUAAAGUGGAUUCAACACGAUCCAAGAUUUCGAAUUUUGAACAAAGUUUCCGAGAAAAAGCAAAUUUUCAAUGCUUGGAAAGUUCAGCGACUCAAAGAAGAACGGGAAGAAAAAAGGCUUGCUAUUAAAAAAGCAAAGGAAAAUUUGGAAAAAUGGCUACAAGAACAUCCGAAAAUGAAAGAAACUUUGAAAUAUGGAAAGGCGUGCGAUUUAUUCGCAAAAGAGCCAGUUUGGCAAGCUGUUCCCGAUGAAGAUCGGGCUGAUAUAUUCAAGGACUGCAUUGAUUUUGUGGCUAGACGAGAUAAACAGAAGAAAAAAGAAAUUCGUCAGCGAAAUAAGGAUGCUUUCACACAAAUUUUACAAAGUAUGGAUCAAAUCACAUACCGAACGACUUGGGCGCAAGCACAAAGACUUCUUAUCGAAAAUCCGCAGUUUGCCAAUGAUACUACUCUACAACACAUGGACAAAGAAGACGCGUUGAUUGUGUUUGAAGAUCAUAUAAAAGCUGCCGAGAAAGAAUAUGAAGAAGAAAAAGAACAAGAGGAGAGGAGAUUAAGAAGGAAAGAAAGAAAAGUUCGUGAGCAAUUUCAGCAAUUGCUUCACGAUUUACACAAAAAAGGAGAACUUACAUCAAUGUCUCUCUGGACUACGCUUUUCCCGAUUAUUUCACCUGACAGCCGGUUUGAUGCUAUGCUUCUGCAAUCAGGCUCCACUCCUCUCGAUCUGUUCAAGUUUUACGUAGAAGAUCUCAAAGAACAAUAUGGAGAAGAUCGGCGAACGAUCAAGGAGAUUUUGAAGCAGCUGGGAAAAACUGUCGAAGUUGACACGCAGUGGGAAGAUUUCGCCGAAUGGGUAUCAUCGCAUGAAUUGGGAAAUAAAGUCGAUCAGGGAAACAUGAAAUUGUGCUACAAUUCGAUGGUUGAAAAAGCCGAAUCGAAAGAGAAAGAAGCGGAACGAGAAGAAUCGCGAAAGAAGCGAAGAUUAGAAAGCGAAUACCGAAAUCUGCUCAAAUUGCACAAUGUCGAUGUAGAUAGUAAAUGGUCUGUGGUAAAACCAAAAAUCGAAAAAGAGAAGGCGUAUUUAGCGCUAGAAAACGAUGCAGAGUGUGAACGGUGCUUCGAAGAAUACAAAACCGCGUUGAAUGAAGCAUGCCAGCAUAUUCAUCCUGCUGCGCACGAAAAACAGAAGAAAAAGAAGAAGGACAAAAAGAAGAAAAGCAAGAGGAGUGAUAAGGAUUCUGAUUCUGAUGGAGAACUCCGUGAGAAGAAAAAGAAGAAGAAACAUUCAAAAGAUCGCGAUAGCGAUGACGAAGAACGAGGUAAAAAGUCGAAAAAGUCGAAGAAAAGGUCGAGAUCAAGAUCAAUGAGUGAUUAUGAAGACACUAAGCGGCCGAAAUAUGAUUCGGAAUCGGAUUAA